UCUCGACUCUUGAUUGAUGAUUGAUGAUUGUACGCCUCUCUCUCGACUCUUGAUUGAUGAUUGAUGAUAGCCCGUUUGGAAUGUACGUCACUCUUCGUCUUCCUUCUUCUUCUGCUGUCUGUCCGUGGGUUUGGGUCCUUAACUCAACCAAUCUGGUUCAUUGUGUCUCUCUCCUUUCUUUUCUUUUACCUUUAGAUAAUACACAGACUUUUAAUAAUUGAUUCAGGUGAGCGCAAGAUUUCGAUUUCGAUUUGGGUCUUGCUUUUCUACCAGAUCAGCCGACACCCCCUUGUUUUCUUUUGUUUCCUUGCUUCUUCUUCAAAUCCAUUUUCAAUUUUCCCCUCCUCCUUUUUUUUUCUUUUUCUCCUUCAAAAUCCUUUCUUUCUCCAACGACCCAUUUCGCCAAUCUGGGCGAAUUUAACUCUUUUUUUUUUUUUUUUUUUUUUUUUUUGCCAAGUGUAGAUGGCCUGAUCUAUUAUUAUAUAUAUAUAUAUAUUAUGUUGAAGUUGAACAUGAUUAUAUGUUGAUUUAGACCAAAAAAAAAAAAAAAAAGGUCCAAGUAUAUAGAGGCAAAAAGGCAGAGGCAAAGAUGGCGCCGAUCAACAUCAACAAACCGCUUGUGUUGACGUACCUUUACCUUUUCAUUUACAUUCUGCUUUCCUCCGGUGUUAUUUUGUACAACAAGUGGGUUCUGUCUCCAAAAUACUUCAACUUUCCACUUCCCAUAACGCUUACCAUGAUUCAUAUGGGUUUCUCUGGACUCGUCGCUUUCUUUCUCGUCCGUGUUUUCAAGGUUGUUUCUCCUGCCAAAAUGACGUUUGAAAUAUACGCUACUUGUGUCAUACCAAUUAGUGCCUUCUUUGCUUCAAGUCUUUGGUUUGGCAAUACUGCUUACUUGCAUAUUUCUGUGGCCUUCAUCCAAAUGCUCAAAGCUCUAAUGCCGGUGGCUACGUUUCUUAUGGCGGUUAUGUGUGGCACUGACAAAUUAAGGUGUGACGUCUUCUUGAACAUGGUGCUGGUCAGUGUCGGAGUCGUCAUUUCCUCAUAUGGCGAGAUUCAUUUUAACGUAGUCGGCACAGUUUACCAGGUAACAGGCAUCUUCGCUGAAGCUCUUAGGCUCGUCCUAACACAAGUCCUUCUACAGAAAAAAGGCUUGACUCUAAAUCCAAUCACCAGCUUAUAUUAUAUUGCUCCAUGCAGUUUUGUGUUUCUGUUUGUGCCUUGGUUUCUAUUGGAGAAGCCUACAAUGGAAGUUUCGCAGAUUCAGUUCAACUUCUGGAUCUUUUUCACCAAUGCUCUUUGUGCUUUGGCCUUGAACUUCUCCAUUUUCUUAGUAAUUGGUAGAACUGGAGCAGUUACAAUCCGUGUCGCUGGUGUCUUAAAGGACUGGAUUCUCAUAGCCCUUUCCACUGUUAUAUUCCCGGAGUCGGCUAUCACGGGACUUAACAUAAUUGGCUAUGCUAUAGCAUUAUGUGGUGUGGUGAUGUACAACUAUAUAAAGGUUAAGGAUGUACGCGCAUCUCAACUACCCACUGAUAUUAUUCCCGAAAGACUCACCAAGGAUUGGAAGUUAGAGAAGAAGUCAUCUGAUAUAUUCAAGCCCAAUAACAGUGGUGACAACAGUGGCGGGACGGGUUCUGGUACCGAUGCAUAUGGCGAUGAAGAAGCGCCUUUAAUUGCAUCAGCGAGAUUGUCUUAUCUUGGAAGAACACAGCUUGGCGACCAUGCUGCAUAACUUCAUGAAACCAAACAUAAAUAUGAAAAUUCAUUUAUAAAGGGUCGUGUUUAGCAAGGGAAAUCUAGGAGAAAAGAAGAGAAAUGCAGUGCUAGUGCAGUUUAGACUUUUAUUAUUCUUUCUUUCGAAGAGAGAUUUCUUUUUUUAUUUUUCCUACCUCUUAGAAAGCCUCAGGGAGAUUCGUUGUAAUAUUUCAUUUGUAAUGAGGUGUGCGUGCAUGAUUUGACUCGAAAUUUGUAUGCUCCUGCAGGGCCACCUAUUUUUGGUAAUGAAAACCAAUUUUUUGUCCCCAAAAAAAAAAAGAAAAAGAUAUAAUUCUUCAAUA